AUGCGUGACAUUCCAGGAUUCAAGAUUGAUAAAUGGGCGCAAGAAUUUACGCCCAAAGCUGAGAUCAAAUUGCAUGGAUCUUAUGCAACCGCUCUUACGUUGAACGAACUACAGAAGCUCUCUUCAGAUUCUAGCCGAAGUCCCGUAGACUUCGAUUUCCAGCUUGCAUAUGGCACUGCCACAGGCUUACCAGCACUGCGGAAGCGCGUGGCGGAGAUACACUCGUCCGAAAAUGUCAAACUGACAGAGGACAAUGUCGUCAUCACACCAGGGUCUAUCAUGGCCAAUUAUCUCGUAUUGACCACCAUCUGCGGGAAGGGAGACCAUCUCAUCUGCCAGUAUCCUACAUAUGGGCAGCUUUACAUCUUGCCGAGAUUUCAGGGUGUCGAUGUCGACUUGUGGAAGAUGAAGGCAGAAAAUGACUGGAUCCCGAAAGUCGAAGACUUGGCGGCUAUGAUUAAGCCCAAUACGAAAGCAAUCGUCGUGAACAAUCCAAGCAACCCAACCGGCACAGUGCUUCCGGACAAUGUUUUGAAAGAGAUCCUAGCGCUUGCCGAGAAGCACAACAUCCUGGUGUUCGCAGACGAGGUCUUCAGUCCCCUAUUCCACACAAGCGACCCGCCACCUCCCCCGUUGGUAUCACUCGGCUACAAGAAGAGCGUCUCGACCGGCUCUGUCUCCAAGUCAUAUGGUCUUCCCGGCAUCCGUGUUGGCUGGGUUGUCUCCCAGGACCCAGCGAUUUUGGAGCAAGUGAUCACUGCGAUGGACUAUACGACGAAUUUCAUGUCUCAACUCGACGAAGGCGUUGCAGCCUUUGCACUCGGCCCGGAUGUGUUGCCACAGCUUCUGGAACGGAACCUGGCUGGCUGUCGGUCCCGCAUUGCAACACUCGAUGAAUUCGUUAAGAGAAAUGCCGGUCGAUGUAGUUGGGUUGCACCAAAAGGGGCAGGCACCGCCUUUAUCCGCAUCCUGAACAGAGACGGAACUCCAGUGGACGAUCUGAAAUUCUGUAACCAGCUCGUUGAUAAAUAUGGAGUAUCAGUAAUUCCAGGAGGUCAGUGUUUUAGUGAUGAAGGGUUAGAUGAUUUCAAAGGCUACAUCCGUUUGACUCUUGGCGACAAGCCAAGGUUCGAAGAGGGAUUGGCGCUCAUAGAGAAGCUCCUUAGCGAACCGGAAGACUUUUGA